UGAUUCACUCUGGGGGGAGCCAUGUGCAGCCACCACUGCCGCCUUGGAUUCAACAUCUGGAGGCUGAAUUCCAGGAGGAGACAGAUUCCUGUAAGCAGAUGCCAACUUUGAAGGUCAAACUGAGCUAUGGAGCUACUUUAGGAGGAGGCUCAGAGGGUCUAACACUGCCCUGCACCCCCAGCAUUCUAAGAGAGAGCAGGGAUGUGUGUCAGUGCUGGCAUGCUCCCUCUCCUGCAGAAGAGGAAACUGAGGCUCAGAGAGCAGAGCCUUGCUGAGUGCUGUCUCACGGUAAAUGUUGCUGACUCUUCAAACAAGGGUUGUGCAGACCUCAAGCCCCAGUAGCCUCCAUGUUCUGUCAAGCCUUGCCAACAUUCCACUGACACCUGAGACUCAGCGGGACCAGGAGCGGCGCAUUCGGAGGGAGAUUGCCAACAGCAACGAGCGGAGGCGCAUGCAGAGCAUCAACGCGGGCUUUCAGUCCCUGAAGACCCUUAUCCCACAUACAGAUGGAGAGAAGCUUAGCAAGGCAGCCAUUCUCCAGCAGACGGCAGAAUACAUCUUCUCCCUGGAGCAGGAGAAGACCAGACUCUUGCAGCAGAAUACACAGCUCAAGCGCUUCAUCCAGGAGCUGAGUGGCUCGUCCCCCAAGCGGCGGCGGGCGGAGGACAAGGAUGAGGGCAUCGGCUCUCCAGACAUCUGGGAGGACGAAAAGGCGGAAGACCUACGGCGGGAGAUGAUUGAGCUGCGGCAGCAGCUGGACAAGGAACGCUCAGUUCGCAUGAUGCUGGAGGAGCAGGUGCGCUCACUAGAGGCCCACAUGUACCCGGAAAAGCUCAAGGUGAUCGCACAGCAGGUGCAGCUGCAGCAGCAGCAGGAACAGGUGCGGCUUCUGCACCAGGAGAAGCUGGAGAGGGAACAGCAGCACCUGCGGACCCAGCUCCUGCCACCUCCGGCCCCCACCCACCACCCCACAGUGAUUGUACCAGCCCCGCCACCCCCGCCCUCCCACCAUAUCAACGUCGUCACCAUGGGCCCCUCCUCGGUUAUCAACUCUGUUUCCACAUCCCGGCAAAAUCUGGACACUAUCGUGCAGGCGAUCCAGCACAUCGAGGGCACCCAGGAAAGGCAGGAGCAGGAGGAGGAGCAGCGGCGAGCAGUCAUCGUGAAGCCAGUCCGAAGCUGUCCAGAGGCCCAGGCCUCCGACACCGCCUCUGAUUCAGAGGCCUCAGACAGCGAUGCCAUGGACCAGAGCCGGGAGGAGCCGGUGGGGAUUGGGGGGCUUCCCUGACCACCCCCCAGCCCCCCUCUCCCUUCUGGGGGCUGGAGGGGGCCGGGGCAGCAACAGGGAGUACAUGCAGGCCAGCAAGUGAGGAAUUUUUACAAAAUUAUGACGUCAUUUGGGUCUCUUUUAUGACCUCUUUUUCAAUACUGUAAAUCAAUCUUUGAGCGAAGUCCACCCUACCUGAGGUCCCAGGGGCUGGGGUGGUGGGAGUGUGUGGGAGCACCGGGACACCUGGGGCUGGGCCUCGCCCGGGAGGCUGAGGGAGCUGACACUGAGGUGCCUGGCCUCUCUCCGCCAAAAAGCGUUUCUUCAUUUAAACAUUUUUAAGAACAGGGAAAAUCAAACAAAACCCCAACAUAUUUCUGCCUUCCCCAGAGCCCGCCCUGUGACUGUCAAGUUUUUAACUUUCCCCUUCCCUCCUCGUUUUGGUUUUCUUCUUUCUCCUUUAAGCACUUACAUGGGUUGGGGUCUGGCUGGGUCAGGACUCUGGGGGUUUGGGGUUGAAGUUGCUUCUAGGUUGGGGUUUGCUGCUGCCCUUCUGCCCUACCCUGCCCUGCCAGCCCCAUCUCAGCACUAGGAUUCACCACUCUCCACCACCAGCCAGUCCCCACCUUUCCCUCCAGGUUUCCCAUCUUCAACCCCCCAAAUGUCUUUGUCUCUUUCUUUUUGUUUGUUGUUGGAUUUUUUGGUUUUGUUUUGUUUUGUUUUGUUUUUUACAAUUUUGAGGUCUUUGUGUUCAUGGAGAGCUAUUAUAUUUUGUUAAGAAAGUGGGGGGGUGGGGAACCAAGAGGCCACCGUGCCUUUAUAAAGAAACAAAAUAAAGUUUGUACUUUGUUUUUUAGAUUCUGUUUCUCCUGGUGCUUGCUGUCCUGAGUUGCUGGGGAAGGCUUCCUGGACUAGAGUAUGGGAUGCUAUUUGGGCCCACCAGAGGGGACUGGAUGUGAGUGAGCAUGAUGACUCCCCCAACUUGUGUGUGGUGUUGCAGUGAGAAAUCGGGGUCCUCACAUUGCCUGAGAUUACUCUGGAUAUUUUGCAAAGAUGGGAGAUGGUAUUGGGGUUGGGAAGAGUGGCCCCCAACUCCUUUGUAUGGGGGCAAAGAGAGAAUGGACACCAAAGCCACAGGUUCCUGUCUUCUAGAGAAUGGACACAAAUUUCAGGGAUCCUGGUAGAUCCCUUAGCUUUGC